GUUUUGUUUAAUCACGGUCACCAUGGCUUCAUUCUCCCACCACCACAUUAUGUUUUUACUGCUCUUCAUCGCCGUUUGUUUUUCCGUCGUCCACGCCUGCCAUCCGUCAGACCGGGCGGCUCUCUUAGCUUUCAAAGCUGCCCUCAAGGAGCCUUAUUUAGGCAUCUUCAACACGUGGACGGGCAACGACUGUUGUCACAACUGGUAUGGCAUCAGUUGCGACGCGGAAUCUCACCGUGUUGCUGAUAUUAACCUUCGUGGUGAGUCGGAGGACCCGAUAUUUGAAGGGGCUCAUAAAACUGGGUACAUGACCGGCUAUAUUUCACCGGCGAUCUGUAAACUGAAGCGUCUCUCGAGUUUGACUAUCGCUGACUGGAAAGGAAUCACUGGCGAAAUCCCUCGUUGCGUCACUUCGCUUCCAUUUCUCCGCAUUAUUGAUUUGAUCGGGAACAAGUUAUCAGGCCAGAUUCCGGCGGAUAUCGGACGGCUUCAUAGGCUUACCGUUUUUAACAUUGCUGAUAAUUAUAUAACGGGAAGAAUUCCAGAGUCUUUGACUAAUCUUUCUAGUUUAAUGCAUUUUGAUUUACGUAACAACCGUAUUUCGGGUCCGAUUCCGCCAGAUAUAGGGCGGCUUCCCAUGUUGAGUCGAGCUUUGUUGUCUCGGAAUCAGAUAUCCGGUACGAUCCCAGAAUCUAUUUCAAAAAUUUAUCGUCUCGCUGAUUUGGACUUGUCCAUGAACCAGAUAGCGGGCCAAAUACCGGCUUCUUUAGGCAAGAUGGUGGUCCUAGCGACACUGAAUCUUGAUUUUAACAAACUUUCGGGGGCUAUACCGGCGAGUUUGUUAACUUCAGCUAUCAGUAAUUUAAAUUUGAGUAAGAACUCGCUUGAAGGAAGAAUACCGGAUGUUUUCGUGCCGAGAUCUUAUUUUACAGCGCUUGAUUUAUCGUUUAAUAAUCUGAGAGGGCCAAUUCCGAAAUCGGUGUCGCAGGCGUCCUAUAUCGGGCAUUUGGAUUUGAGUCACAACCAUCUUUGCGGGAGAAUACCGGCCGGUUCACCGUUUGAUCAUCUCGAAGCUUCUCAGUUUGCUUAUAACGAUUGUCUGUGUGGGAAGCCACUGAAAGCUUGUUAAAAUAGUAUAUCGGCCGAGAUGGGAUCUAGUUUUUGGGGUUUAGUUCCGAGAUAUCGUGAAUAUAUAUGUUUGUAAUACUAUUUUGUAACAGUAAACAAGUACCAUAUUUAUUUUGUUUCUA